AUGAGCUACCAACAAUUUCUCCAAUCGACUGGCCUCCAGCCCACAGCCGGCAAGACAACAUCGUCUCCGGGUUCAAUUCAUCGCAAACCUCCGAGCGCUUCAGGAUCACCCUCCAUCCACUCCGCCGUCACGCGGAACGCGCCCUUGACGUCCCACUCAACCAAAGCGCCGUCGUUCUCCUCUCCUACACCAUCCUCGACCAAUUCCCCAGCACCGCCUACCCGACAACCACCGCCGCCGCCGCCAUCAACGACGCAACAACCAUCACCAGCAACAACAACUCAGCAGCCAUCAACGCCAACGCCAACGGCAGCACAGCAGCUAACACAACGCACACCAUUGACAAAAACCCAGAUCGAAAAUGCCAUCCAAACAUGUCUCGACCUCCAAACCACCGCAACCACAAUCCACUCCAAACGACCCUUUGCAGCACUCCUACUCGGCCCAGACAACACGACCGUCUUGCUAACGCACUUUUCCAUCUCUGCCGUCCAGCGCGCCGAAACCGAACUUGCCCGUCUAGCAAGUCUGCAAUAUUCCCCUACAUAUCUAAACACAUGCACGCUAGUCUCCACAUGGGAGCCGUGUCCAAUGUGCAUUGCAACCAUCUACUACACCAACAUCGGACGAGUCGUCUAUGCGGCCUCUGCGUCGAAACUCGAGGAUCUUGUGGUGGGCGAUGAUAAACCGUUGUUCAUGCCUUGUCGAGAUGUCUUGGGUAGUGCCAGUGGGAACAGCAAAAGGGAUAUCGAAAUCAUUGGCCCCUUGGAGGGCUGGGACGAUAAAGUCGUUGAAGCGAGUAGGAGUUGGUGGCAGCAACAGCAGUUACUAACAGGCGAGGAUGGUGCUAAUGCACAGAUGGCAAGCCUGAGACUAAGAGAGGGCAGUGUCAAUGGAAGUGAAAAGCCGGCUAGUUUGUCGAGUACCAGUAUGCGUCAGGGUACGCCUGUCACCUGGGUCGGCGAGGACAGCGUGCUUAGCAGUAUUGAUGAUGAGGGCGAAUAUAAAGCCGAAUUGGACAUUGAUUGGAUGAGGUGA